AUGGCUACUAUUGCUGCUUUAUCAGCUAUUCUUGGUCAUGUACCUUCAUCCUAUUAUCAAGCAUCGAUUGCCUUCGGUGCUAAAGCAUUGAUGGUUGCUGCGUAUUUAUUUGCUAUUUCACUUCAUCUGUUCUGUGCACUACACGUCCUCAUCGAACCAAGUUCAAUCUAUUGGCUACUGAAUAUGUUUCUCGUUCACAAUACUUAUGUCUGGUGUCGAGUACUUUAUUUCUUAUUCGACUUUGCAGGUUUAUUCAAAGAAACGCUCUAUACAAACACUAUUCUAAUUUCGGGACUCAUUCUCUUCCCAGGUGUGCUCGGUGUCUCAGCCAAUAUGUUAUUCUUAGGCUAUGUAGCAACUAGUAUUCUGCUUUAUUUUGUUAUUGUUCAGCCCAAUGAAGAAGAACGUGCUCAUUUCGUUAGUGAGCAUACACGUGAUCUUCUUGUCAAUCGAACUGUUCAUGAUGCGUGGAUAAAAGAAAAGGCUCACCUGAUGAAAAUGAAGGACGAUGGUCAGGUAACUGAUCAACAAUUAGCAAAACAAGUAUUUGACCAAUUAGAUAAGAACAAAAAUGGAAUAAUCGAUGGCGAUGAAAUCGUAUAUCUACUCAGAGAAUGGGAUGUAGCGAAGAGUUUCAUCGAACGGUUUUUGCGUUUCUCGAAAAAACGUGAAAUAUCAUUUAAGAUUUUCUAUAGAAAUGUUUGGCGUCUAGGCGAAAUGGCUACUACUUAUGUUCAAGAAAGUCAAAAACGUGAAGACAAAGCGAAAGCACGCUUUCUCUUUAAUGAUUUAGAUACCGAUUCGAGUGGUUACAUUGAUGCAAUUGAAUUACAAAAACUCUUGAUUCAAUGGGGUCUACCAGAAAACGAAGUCGAUGCUUAUCUUGCCGAGGAUGACGAUAAACGUUUUUCAUUUGAAGAAUUUUACCAAAAUCUAAAACCAAUUUGGAAUUUUGCUUAUGAGCACAUGAAAGUACAAGAUGUUCCUUAA